AUGCACGAGUGCCUUCACAAAGACGUGAUGUACAACCCGUCGCCCCCUGCAGAGCGCCCAAGCCCGUGCGGCGUGACGGACACGCUCUCGCCGGAGCCCGCGACGGGGCCGUCGGCACCGCCCGACGAGGACGACGACCAACUGGCUUUCACUGCCGCUACCGUCAAGCGGGUGAACUCCAUUGGCGAGGAGCUCGGCCUGAAAGGCCUCGGCGUUGCGGCGACAGUCCGCGAGGCGGCGGCCAUGCUCCUUAUCGACGCGGCAGGGGCACGGACGACGCGGCUCCUCGUCGACGAGAUUGAGCGCGUGCUCGGCGUCAAGCGCAGCGGCUAG